AUGAUGAUGAUGAGCAGCGUAUUUGCUCAAGAUCCACUCACAUGGAGUAUUUGUAAGCGUUAUCCACAACAAACAUUGCAAAUUUCUUCGGUUACAUUGAAUCCGAACCCACCUCAAGCAGGAAAUAAUUUGCAAGUCACCAUUCAAGGUACUUUGACUGAACCAAUGGCUGCUGGAUCUGCUGGACAAGUUUCUGUCAAUUAUGCUGGUACUCCAAUGUACACUGGUCCUUUUGAUCCUUGUCAAUUCUUGGCUGGCUCUUCAAAUCAAUGUCCUCUCGCCAAAGGUCCACAAACACUCUCAAUUACUCAACAAAUUACACCAAUGGCACCAUCCGGUGGUCCUUACCAAGGAACUAUUGUCAUUACUGACCAAAAUAAGAAUAUCGUUUCAUGUAUUGAUUUUAAUUUCAUGAUGAUGUAA